AUGUCACGUCCUGUCCCAUUACAAAAGGCUCAGCAAAACCAAGCCAGCUUCGGUACAUCUAGGGAACGAGAAUUCUACAAAUACUUACCACCGCACCAUCUGAACGCGCAAACCCUGCAACAUGUCGCCCGAGACACGUCAACGGAUUUUGUCGCUCGAUCGUCCUCAGAUCCUGUUCUGACUGCAUUUGCUCAGCUGGGCGCCUUACGACUGGAUUCCCAACGCGCAUUGAUUUCGCUUUUUGGUCGACAGGAGCAGCACGUUAUUACCGAAGCCACUCGAACCCUAAGCCUACAGGUCAAUGCAGAUAACAGCGCUUGUCAUGAACUUUGGGUCGGGAGUUGUACAAUGUCGUAUGACCGCAGCUUCUGCAAAUCUGUUUUAAACCCUCUGCCCUCUGCGCAAACUCCUAGUGAUGGAGUUGUCGUUGUGCCAGACCUCUCACUGGAUGAUAGAUUUAAGGAACAUCCAGAUGUAACGGGCUGCCCAAAUAUUCGCUUUUUAGCAUGCAUUCCUAUCAUUAGCCCAAAAGGCAUUGUGAUUGGCUCCUACACCGUCCUAGACAACAAACCCCAUGGACCGCUGAACGCCGAUCUAGUCAAAUUCCUGACAGAUAUAGCAACCACCGUCAUGGAUUAUUUGGACGCAACACGGUCUCAGGCCCAACGUCUCCGAGGCGAGCGCAUGGUUGUCGGACUUGGGAGUUUUCUGGAAGGGAAAGGCAGCCUUCGCAACUCAUGGAUCGGUGCAACCGACGAUCCUCGGUCCCUAGAUCAAAACAAAGAUCAUGCAGAGGGUCUUAUAAAUCAAGAGCAACAGGAAAAACAAGUCCUUGAUGAUGUGGCUCAGGCUAUGACGCAGAAUAGCGCCUCAAGCGAUCUGCCUCUCCGCCCACAUAACUUCCAUCUGCCCGGGUGCAAGAAACCCUACACAUGCAGGGAGCAAUCACAGUUGCUAAUCAGCUCAAAGACAAGCAAUAGAGAUCGUCUCAAUCCCAAAUCAGCGAGCCAAGGUCCAUUCAAAGAGACUAUGGCAGCCGACAACAUAGGGGCCCGACAACAAUCUCCAAAGGAAAGUUAUACGACUGAGGUGAAGGAGGCGUUUUCGCGGGCGGCCAACCUCAUUCGCGAAAGCGUCGAAGUCGAAGCCGUUGUCUUUUUUGACGCUAAUUUCAUCUCUGGGCACACUUCGGUGGAUGACACGAAGUCUGACCUCGAAAGUAGCGGUCUGGAAAGCUGUUCUUCAAACAACGAGGAAGUGAAAGCUCGAAAAACCCCCACACAGCAUGGCCGUUGCAUCACACAGGCUGAAGAUCCUAGCAAGUCCACGAUGAACUCAUGCGAAAUACUCGGGUUUGCAACUUCGAACACCUCUAGCGUAAACAAUCAACCAACGGCCGAUAAUAAAAUCGCAUUAUCAGAAUCCUUUCUCCGGGGCCUCCUGCGCCGGUAUCCUCAAGGCAAGAUUUUCAAUUACGGCGAAGAUGGGUCAAUUUCGUCCGAUGACACCAGUGAUGGCGUUUUCAAAAGUUUCACCCAGCGCAGUGGGAGCAAGACAUAUAAACGAACAAGGAAGGCAAUCCUGCGCCAGGAUGCUGCGACACUUCUGCAACUUGCUCCUGGUUCCCGAAGCAUCAUUUUCUCGCCGUUAUGGGAUUCGCAUAAAGGAAGAUGGUACUCGGGCAGUCUGGCGUGGACAAAAGCUCCCCACCGUAUUAUCACUUCUGAUAGCGAAUUGUCGUUCAUAUUUACGUUUGGGAAUAGUCUUAUGGCGGAAGUGCACCGCCUUGGCGCCCGAUUUGCUGAGCGUGCAAAGUCAGACUUGUUAGCAGGACUGAGCCAUGAACUUCGUUCUCCUCUUCAUGGGAUCUUCGGCACGGCAGAGCUCUUGAACGAUACCGCCAUGGAUGCGCUACAACGAGGAUUCGUGCACACGAUUUCAUCUUGCGCAUUCACUCUACUGGAGUCGAUCAAUCAGCUACUUGAAUAUGCCAGCAUUAACGACGUUGGACCGAGCUCCGGCACAGCAAAAAGACCGAAUGACUCUGACCACAAAUCGCCGGCUGGUGGGACAAUGGCUAGUGCCAGGCAGGAUCUCCAGCCUGGAAAGGUCGAUCCGAACUCCUGUGUCGAGCUUGAUGUUGUUGUGGAAGACACCAUAGAAAGCGUCUUCGCGGGCUAUUCUUUUGUCGAUAAUUCACGCUCUCCUCUAAGAGUUGUCACCGGCGCAUCCGACAUGAGCAGGCCUACUAAUAUGCAGAGUGAAGAAGUAAAAGUGAUUCUUGAUAUCGAUCGCUCCCAAAAUUGGAACUUCUUAACCCGCCCCGGAGCCUUGCGCGUGGUCCUGACAAACAUUUUUGGAAAUGCCUUGAAGUUCACUCAACAUGGCUAUAUCUACGUUUCCUUAAAAGCCACCCCAUUGAACUUCGGAGAGGACAGUAAGGUCACCCGGUCGAAGGUUGCGGUGACGGUCAGAGACACUGGAUGCGGUAUUGAGCAAGAGUUCUUACGAAACGAGUUGUUCAACGCUUUUUCGCAGGAGGACAUCAUGACGACUGGUAAUGGCCUAGGCUUUAACUUAAUCCGCCGGGUUGUAUCAUCACUUGGUGGCAACAUUCAGAUCAAUUCCCAGAAAGAUGUUGGCACGGAAGUUUUGACGACUAUUACCCUUGAUCACUUCACUGGGAAUAUCGCGGAACCGGCGAUCCCCGACGACCCGAAUAUUCUGGGUACCGUCACGGUGACGAACGAUCUUGUGCGUGGGAAAACCAUUGGGAUCUUAGGUCUUGGACUUUCUGAGUUAGACACAACUCUGAGUUCAUCUUUGCAGAAGCUGUGCCGAGACUGGCUUGGCAUGGAUGUUCGUUUAGUUGUGCCUUCGGAAGCUCAAUUCUCUCAAUGUGAAUUUUACAUUGCGCCCCAAGAAUUCUUGGACAUGGGGAAUAUGGAAAUCAAACCAAUUGCCCCUGAUCUAAAACGACUCUCCUCGCCUGUCAUUAUCAUUUGUUCUUCUCCACGGAUCGCGCACUCCAUGCUUGUGGCCGCUAGGAAGCGAGGAGAAACAGAUGUUCUCGAGUUCAUCAGCCAGCCAUGUGGACCACGCAAGUUGGCAAAAUCAUUAGAGAUCUGCAUAAAACGUCAACAGCGGCGGAAAGACUGGGCUGAUGGCAGGGAAGAGAGGCUAGCUGGCGCAUCAAUGCCUCCAACGCCUAAUGAGUUCCAGAGUGGGUCGUUUCUCCAGGGGCCGAUUUCAGAGGACAGCGGACAACCCAAGACGAAAGUGACGGGGGGUUCCACACCAAUAUACGGCCAAGACUCGAGACAUCCACCUGAGCAAUUGAAAACUCGAGAGAAAGUCGAUAAUCCUCAUAUUUCGACUGCCGCAUUUGGCAAUCCCACAACAGAAGUGGGGUCAGCAGCAUCUCAGACUCAACAAAGUUCCGCGGCAACUGUCCUCCUUGUGGAUGACAAUGAUAUAAAUAUCAGACUCCUGAUCGCAUUCAUGAAAAAGCUGGGAUGCCAUUAUGUAGUCGCACAAAAUGGCCAACAAGCUCUCGAGACCUUCAAAGCAAACUCUGCCAACAUCCGAGUUAUCCUUAUGGAUAUUUCCAUGCCAAUCAUGGACGGCCUUGAAUCGACCAGGCGAAUCCGUGAGUUUGAGAAAGAAUUAAAAACCAAGACCCGUGUCACGGUUGUCGCUCUGACUGGUCUAGCGCAAGCUGACGUUCAACGCGAUGCCUUCAGGUCUGGUAUGGAUAUGUUUCUGACGAAGCCUGUACGAAUGGGUAGUUUGGUGCCAAUGAUAAUGGGCACAACGUGA